GGAGCAGUGGGAGCCGCCACAGGUUGUACGAAGUUGGAUGCAUUGCCGCUGUCACCCCUUGUGCGUGCGAGUGUGCCGCAGCGUCAGAGCAGCAAGUCUCCCCAGUGGGAAGUGUUUGAGGCCAGAGACCGGCCCAGGGAGACAUAGAACCGCUGAUUGGAUAAAGCGGCCCGAGUGGAACAGCCCGGAGUGAGGGAGAAGGAGCGGGGCAGGCGAGAGCAGGACACUUGCACAGCACCGAGACCCCCCCCCCCCAGCAAAGCCGCGCCCCGAUAUAUCCUAUAUACUGACGCGCUGGGGCCCCCGACACUCGCUCACAUUGGCUCAGCACCCCCAAACAGUGGCACCCCCGUUAUCCUCCCACUGGCUGCCCUGGCUUAGCCCCCCUCCCCACUAACUUUCCUCCCAGCAAUGAGCUGUAGGUCCCAGGUGAUGAUGGCUCUCUGGACCCUGACAUGCGUGGGGCUCAUCCUGCUGGGGGCGAUCCGCCUGAGCCUGGCGCUGGAUUAUGACUUGGAAUCAAUUGAUUACCUGAUUGAAGACACCACUGAGGAGUUUGACUACAAGGAUCCCUGCAAAGCCGCUGCUUACUGGGGAGAUAUCGCAUUGGAUGAAGAUGACUUGAGGUGGUUUUUCAAAAACAAAUCCAAUGACUUGAGGAAUACUAACUAUAACCAAACACAACCAACCACAGAUAAUUUCCCUGAAAAGGUGGGGACCCGAAACCAGAAUGCAACCUCAUCAAACCUCAGUCGCAAAAAAGUCAAAAAGGGUAAUGUGGUACCCCACCCAGACCUUUGGGUAUCUUUAUUUCCUUUUUUUAUAAUCUGUCAAAUAAUUAAAUGUUUUGUGUGGUUUUUAGUUACAAUACAUCAUGACAAAAUUAUGUAAUUUUACUAUGUGUGAGUUGUUAUUUUAGUUUAUUUCUCACUUUAUUAGUUAGGCCUGUCAGGGAACGAAUAGAACCAACAAACAUGAGGCCAGAACAUUUGGAAAGGGGGAGCUUGGGAGUUAACAGUAACCAUAACUGAAUUCCUCCAACUCAUAAAACAUCGGCUUCUUGGUAACAGCCUCUGAACACAAAGUUACUCUCCUGUAAAUUACACUAAACACUUCAGCCAUGAGAUUACAUAAAUUAAUUCAUAUUGAUGCUUACCAGAAAGUUAUUUAUGUCAGAAGUAAGUCAGUGGCCAAUUUAUCUGGCUAAAAGUGAACAUUAGCAGUAUUUUACUGCCGAUGCUUUUGUGCUUUGGGUCCAUUGUUUGGAAACUGAUCAUUUUCCUGUGGAGGGUUUCAGUUACUAUUGGCAAAAUAACAUUAACAUUCUGCAAAAUUCUCAAGAGCAGUUAUCAUGGAAGUAGGUCAUUUAGUGAUAAUCUAUUAUUUUAGUGGCUUAUUCUUAAAAAUUGUCAUUUAAUGAAACAUUCAAUAAAACCUUGCCAGUCCCUGUUUAAUGCAAAUAUAUGAGAACAGAGUCGCCCAUGAUUUCUGUAGCAAGUCUUGUUUUGUAAAGUUACCAUGUGUGGGUUUUCCAUUGUUAAACUUGCAAAAGUUAUUGUGAAUGUGCUCCAUUUAGGGCAAUGACACAAUAGGCAACUAGUCACCAGUGUGGAAACAUAUGGAGAUGAGUCGACGGUGAUAGAGGUGAUCUAUUGCAGGGCGACUAAUUGCCUAGUGUGUCUUUGUAAUCCUUUUUGCUUUCUUUUUCUUUUUGUUCUUUGACUUACUGUUUUAUAAAACUAAAGAUGUAUCCAGAAGAAUGUUCUUAUGGACUUAGUUAUAAAUAGACAAUGUUGGGCUCCUCAAGAUCUACUGAUAGAUCACAAUCUAUAUUUGGCAACCCCCUAUUAGAAUAAUAUAUAGUAUUUAAUCAGAAUCAGAGAUUGUAUAUAUACAGCCUGAUCCUUUAGUACUUCUCCAUAUCUAGAGAAAACAAAGUUGUUGGUUAUAUUUUAUCAGGGCUUUCCAAACUUUUAUCCAACCAAAUCUUGAUAAAAGUGUUGAAAAUAAACUAUGGUUUAAAAAAAUCAUUAUUCAUGGCUGGGUAGAAUAGCCUCAGUAAAAAUGGACUCUCUCCCUAGGCUGCUCUACUACAUCAAAACGCUACCAGUACAAGUCCCCCUUUCCAUACUCAAAAUGAUACAAAAGAGAAUAACAAAAUUUAUUUGUGGCUCCAAAUCACAUAGAAUUACCCACAAAAUCUUAAACACCCCCACCUCGCGCGGGGGUUUGGGUGCCCCUGAUGUACACAAAUAUUACUUAGAGGCUCAUUUACACCAAGCUGCGCAUGGUCAAAGCGAGCAGAGUGUGGGAAGUAGGUGGCUCUGGAAAAGGACAAUGUAACAUCAUACAAUAUUUCUUGUUAUGGAACACACAUAUACCUUCUGACAUAAAAGGACUCUCUCAAUAUGGAAUAUGUAGAUAGUCUUUAUAACGUCACUCAGAAACCAUAUAGACUAACCCCAGUGUUUGGAAAUCCAAUUCCUCCGGGCAUUGCCAAAUCUUACUCUACAGUCUGGAAAACCACAUCCCUACUAUGAUGCAAGAACUCGCAAAAUGUACACAUUACAGGAUCUCCAGACAAAAUUUGGCAUUGCCAAUACCUUAUUUUAUCAAUAAAAUCAGAUCCGUCACUUUGUCCAGCAAUUGGGAGGAACCCAACUACCACUGGAACGCUAUCCAUUUGAUGCAAUUGUUGCCACCUGAACUUCCAGAAGUGGCCUUUUCUUUCUAUAUAUAGCUUGCUUAAUACCUCCCCAGAGGAGAGCUUUGCUAAGCAUGGAUAUACGAUUAAAUGGGAACAAAUUAUAGAAAAAGAAUUACCACUCUCCACAUGAACUGAGAUAUGGGAUCUUAGAAAUGCUUCAGUUUGUGUCAUACAUAAGGAAACAAGUUAUAAAAUUCUAAUGCACUGUUACAUGACUCCCACAAGGCUCCAUGCCAUAUACCCAAAUACUUCCUCCACAUGUUGGAGGCAAUGUGGACAAGAAGGCACAAUAGACUAUAUAUUUUGGAAUUGCCCUGUUAUAAGUGGCUACUGGAGAACUGUACUAUCUUUCUAAGAACUGCUACUGGGGAGAAACCUGCAGCUGGACCCUCCCAUUCUCAAAACUCAAAAAUCAUGUCCAGAAACUGGCUAACUUAAUACUAACUGCAGCCUAAUGGCUACUUGCCCGGAACUGGAAGAAACCAACAAAAACAGAACCAGAAACUGCAAUUCAGGACAUCCGCCGCACGGAAUAUUUAGCAGCCCUUCACCAAUCACAAACUUUAACAAAGUUUGUUUAUUAUGGGACUUGUUAUAGCCACCAAUCAGACAAUCGACUGCUGCAGACCGCCCACCUUAAAUGGAGAAAUACCUUAUCAGUCCCAAACAUGUAGGAUUAAUUUAGCUGGAGCUAAUGCCCUCCUCAACAGGACUAUCUUUGAUAAAGCAAAAACUGACCCCGGGCUCAAAUAAAACCUUUAAUAUUUUGUUUAUGCCUUUGUUCUUUCCUUCUCCUUUCUUUUUUUUUUGCACCUUCUUUCUUUAUUUAUUCUUUAUUCCAGCAAUCUAGAGAAUUGUGAUAUGAUGUUUAACUUGCUAUAAAAUAUAAAAAAAA